GGCAUGUCUCCUCUCGCUCUCACCGUUCGAGGAAACAAAAAGAAAGCACCGAGACCUUCGAAUCCGCUACUGCCACUGCCACGACCACGGCCUCGGCCCUGCCCCUGUCCGGUUAUAUAAGUGCCCCCUCUGCGCAUCUAUUGAUUUCAGCAUUGCUUCUGACCAGAAGAAGAUCCCGGAAGAAACCAAAUCAGAAGCAGAACCUAGCUAUAUCACAAGCCGUAGUUAGAGGAGUAGUUUGCACUAGUACGUAGUGCGUGUUGUAUCGAGCUGCUUGAUCGAUCUUUCACACACUACGUAGCUGAAUCAAAUCCGUUUGGGAUUGUUAGUUAAGAUAGCAAGUGCAUACAUACAGGUAGUGAUCGAUCAUGGAGGCUCUGAGCGGGCGGGUAGGGGUGAAGUGCGGGCGGUGGAACCCUACGGCGGAGCAGGUGAAGGUCCUCACGGAGCUCUUCCGCGCGGGGCUGCGGACGCCGAACACGGAGCAGAUCCAGCGCAUCUCCACCUACCUCGGCGCGUUCGGCAAGGUGGAGAGCAAGAACAUCUUCUACUGGUUCCAGAACCACAAGGCCCGCGAGCGCCACCACCACAAGAAGCGCCGCCGCGGCGCGUCUUCACCCGACAGCGGCAGCAACGACGAAGACGGCCGAGCCGCCUCCCAAGAGGCGGAGGCCGACCUCGUGCUCAAGCCUCCAGAGAGCAAGCGGGAGGCCAGAAGCUACAGCCACCAUCACCGGCUCAUGACAUGCUACGUGAGGGACGUGGUGGAACAGCAAGAGGGGAUGUGGGAGCGGCCGAUGAGGGAGGUGGAGACGCUGGAGCUGUUCCCCCUCAAGUCGUACGACCUCGAGGCAGAGAAGGUUCGGUACGCGAGGGGCGGCGCCGGCGAGCAGUGCAGGGAGAUCUCGUUCUUCGACGUCGCUGCCGGCCGGGAUCCGCCGCUGGAGCUCAGGCUCUGCAGCUUCGGUCUCUAGAUCGGCGCAUGCAUGCACACGCAAGUAUCGCAGGGCCGCAGCUGCGAUUGUAGCUAGCCUUGUCGCGCACAUCAUUGUGUAGUCCUUGAUUCUAGCUACCAACAUCAAAAGGUGUACGAGAUGAGAUACGGCAUGUGAUGUAGUACGCAUCUACCAACGUUGAAUGCAGAAUCUAAGAGGAUCAGGAAAGAUAGCACGCAGAUGAGAUUUCAGCAGCCUUUUCCUUGAUCUUUUCAUCAUGAGAUGUACUAGCUGCUACUUAUUUCUUUCUUUUAUGGUGCCUACAUGGCAUAUUAUAAUUAACCUGUU